AUGGCGCUGCGGUAUGCGCUGCAGCGCAGUGCCGCGGCAGAGGCGCUGCUCGUCAGUGCUAGCGCCCAGGCUCGCACCUUGUCUACAUUGCCCGCCACCCACGGCCCAGGCCAUGAUCAUGACGAGAACAGCCACUCCCGCCCCACCACCCCCUGGGUGCGGAGCGUGAUCAGCGGCGUGGACCUCAUGCGGGAUGCGCGGUAUAACAAGGGCCUGGCCUUCAGCCAGCUGGAGCGUGACCGCCUGUACCUGCGCGGCCUGCUGCCGCCGGCGGUGCUUUCCCAGGAGGUGCAGGCGGAGCGGGUGAUGACCAACAUCCGCAGCAAGGGGACGGAGGUGGACAAGCACACCUACCUCAUGUCGCUCCAAGAGCGGAACGAGCGACUGUUCUACUAUGUGCUCAGCGAGCACAUUGAAGAGUUGCUGCCGCUCAUGUCCCAGCCCACCAUCGGCAAGUACUGCCAGGGCUACAGCCUCAUGUUCCGCAGCCUGCCACGUGCCAUGUACCUUGGGCUGGAGGACAAGGGCUCCAUCUUCUCCAUCCUCAAGAACUGGCCGGAGCGGCGCGUCAAAGCCAUCUGCCUCACAGACGGCCAGCGUAUGGGGAACCUGGGUGACCUGGGCGUGCAGGCCAUCGGCGUGCCCAUCUCCCGCCUGGCGCUCUACACCGCCUGCGGAGGAAUCGUCCCCUCUGCCUGCCUCCCCAUCACGCUCGACGUCGGCACCGACAACGAGAGCCUGCUGCAGGACCCGAUCUAUGUGGGCGGCAAGCACCGGCGGGUGCGGGGCGAGGCCUACUUCGAGCUGGUGGAUGAGCUGCUGACCGCGGUACGGCGGCGGUAUGGUACUUCGGUGAUGAUCGACUGCGCGGGCAUGGACUUUGAGACGCAGACCAAGCUGAUCAACACCUACCGCGGCACCUUCCCUAUGUACUCAGACUCAGUGUUUGGCCUGCCCACGGCGGUGCUGGCUACCGUGUAUGCGGCGCUACCCGCCACCGGAGGCUCCCUGGCCGACCAGCGCUUCAUGCUGGUAGGGGAGAGUCCGCGCUUGACCGCCAUUGCGGAGCUUCUGGAGGAGGCGGUGCAGCGGGAGCAGGGGCGGGGCACAGUGCUGGAGGCGCGCAAGAACAUUUUCGUGGUGGAUAAGCAGGGCCUGGUGGUGCGUGACCGGUGGGAUGCGGAGCAGCUGGAGGACCACAAGCUGCCGUAUGCACAGGAGCGCCCCGCCAUUGACAGCCUGCUGGACGCGGUGAAGCAGAUCCAGCCCACCGUGCUCAUCGGGCUGUCUGACAAAGAGCCGCCGCACGCAUUCACAAAAGAGGUGUGCGAGGCGAUGGCGGCGGGCACGGAGCGGCCCAUCAUCCUGCCCCUGUCCCGCAUCUCUGCAGCAGGCCAGCUGGAGGCGAGCGAGGUGACGGCGGCUGACGCGCUGGCCUGGACGCGCGGCCGCGCGCUGUUUGCCGACAAGCUCACCAGCGGCCCGGUGGAGGUCCCCGGCGGAGAGACGCGCCAGCUGCGCGCCAUAGACACCACAUACAUCUUUCCGGGCCUGGCGCUGGGGCUGAUGAUGUCCCGCAGCACGCGCGUGCGGGAGGACAUGGUGAUUGAGGCGGCAAAGGCGCUGGCGCGUGACGUCAGCGAUGCAGAUCGCGCUGCCGGCUCGCUGAUGCCACCCGUGCCAGCCCUGCGCGACGUGGCAGCGCGCGUGGCGGCGGCGGUGAGCCACAAGGCAUACAACGCUGGGGUGGCCACUGAGCUGCCCAGGCCGCACGACCUGCUGGACAAGGCGCUCGGCUGGAUGUACAACCCUCGGUACAGGAGGUACAGAUGA